UCAAAAGGUCAAAGAAAGGGCGCUGGGACCUCCCGUUGGGCUGGCCCUGACCCUUACUGGGGGUCUCUAAAGUAUAAUAUUAAUACUUUGGAGCGUUCGUGAGUGCGAGGGACCCACGUCCCGCCGUCUCACGCCUCCACGCGGCGGGCCCCGCAGGCCUGUGCGGCCCCUUUAAGAGCCUCCCGGGCCGGACGUCGGAGGUCGCGGCGUUCCCUCGCCGCCGCGGACCGCUCCGCAUCCGCUCUGCAUCAGCUCCGCGGCCACACGCCAAGGCCAUGCGGUUGCUUCGCGCCGGCUGGACCCUGGCGCUGGGCGCGGGGCUGGGUGCAGCCGCCGAGGGCUGGCGGUGGCGGCGGCGGGCGGACGCUCGGGCGGCGCCGGGACUGCUGAGCCGGCUGCCCGUGCUGCCCGUGGCGGCGGCGGCGGCUGGGCUUCCCGCCGUGCCCGGGGCUCCGGCGGGCGGCAGCCCCGGCGAGCUGGCCAAGUACGGGCUGCCCGGGGUGGCGCAGCUCAAGAGCCGCGAGUCGUACGUGCUGUGCUACGACCCGCGCACCCGCGGCGCGCUCUGGGUGGUCGAGCAGCUGCGGCCCGAGCGGCUCCGCGGCGACGGCGACCGCCGCUCCUGCGACUUCCACGAGGACGACUCGGUGCACGCGUACCACCGCGCCACCAACGCCGACUACCGCGGCAGCGGCUUCGACCGCGGCCACCUCGCCGCCGCCGCCAACCACCGCUGGAGCCAGAAGGCCGUGGACGACACCUUCUACCUGAGCAACGUCGCGCCCCAGGUGCCCCACCUCAACCAGAAUGCCUGGAACAACCUGGAAAAGUACAGCCGUAGCCUGACCCGCACCUACCAAAACGUCUACGUCUGCACCGGGCCGCUCUUCCUGCCCAGGAUGGAGGCGGACGGGAAGUCCUAUGUGAAGUACCAAGUAAUCGGCAAGAACCACGUGGCGGUGCCCACCCACUUCUUCAAGGUGCUGAUCCUGGAGGCAGCAGGCGGGCAGAUCGAACUCCGCUCCUACGUGAUGCCCAACGCACCUGUGGAUGAGGCAAUCCCACUGGAGCGCUUCCUGGUGCCCAUCGAGAGCAUUGAGCGGGCCUCGGGGCUGCUCUUUGUGCCAAACAUCCUGGCACGGACGGGCAGCCUUAAGGCUAUCACUGCAGGCAGCAAGUAAGGGCAGCCCUAGCCAGACUGUGGGGUCGUGGGGCCUGGGUCGAAUUAAAGGUGUUUAUUUUUGGA